AUGGCAGACGGCGGCCAGUCAACACCACAGCAGCUUCCCCAGCAGCAAGCUGGACUCCAGACGCAGAAAGUUUCCGAUGUCAUUCGUAGCUUUCGUCCCACGAAGGUGUUUCGCCCUUCGAAGCAAGAGAAUUUCGUGACCUCACUUGAUUUCGAUGAUCACGGAGAGUUUGUAGUGACUUCCGGCGAUGAUGAUAUUAUCCAGGUGUACGAUGUGAAAGGAGGGAAGCCAUCGAAAUCGGUUCCUAGUAAAAAGUACGGAGCACACCUGGCGCGCUUCACUCACCAUUCUCGACAAGUCCUCCAUGCGAGCACAAAAGUCGACGAUUCGUUACGACUGCUUGACCUGCAUACCGAGAGCUACGUGCGAUAUCUCUCAGGGCAUACGGAUAAAGUGACUUGCUUGGCUCUUUCUCCUGGGAGCGAUGCAGUCAUCUCAUGUUCCAAGGACGACACUGUUGCGAUUUGGGAUACGGGAUCAAGACAUUUACAAGGAAAGCUCAAACUCUCGACUCCGUAUCUUGUUGCGUUUGAUCCUUCCGCCUCCGUGAUUGCGAUCGCCUCACAGUCGACCUCUUCUGUUCUUCUCUAUGAUUUCCGAAAUUACGACAAAGCGCCGUUUGCGACAUUCGACCUUGCAGCAUACGAGGAAAGAUAUACCCCUUCGACCCGUGGAAGGGCGUGGACGCGCCUCGAGUUUUCCAACGAUGGAAAGUUCCUGCUUGUCGGAACGGACUACCACGGCCAUUUCAUCCUGGACGCCUAUGACGGUAGCCUGAAGGCUUUUCUGGUCGGCAGAAACGGGUCGCCUGGGAGGGCUGCUCCGGUCUCUACGACGGGUAAACCCCUCGGACAGGGAGAUGCGUGCUUCUCGCCAGACGGCAGAUACGUUAUUGGUGGGUCGGGAGACCACCAGGACAUGCUGGUGUGGGAUUUGCAGCAAGCGCCGGACACCAAUCACUUCUUGCAGCCCGCGGCCAAGCUGCCUCAUCGCGGCCGGACCGCCAUACUCGAGUACAAUCCCAGGUUCAACAUGAUUGCGUCUGCGGAUAAAGAUGUCUUCUUUUGGCUCCCGGAAGAAGGUUCCAAGGCCGCAUAG